ACAUACUUUUUGCUUUUUUUGCAGAAAUGAUUGGAGAUUACGACGAUGACACACAUUUUUGCUUAAAAUGUCACUCCACCAUAAUAGGACUCGACAAUUACGUCAACCAUCGCAAAACAGGAUGUCCCAAACACGUCGUAGACUUACCAAAAUCACCAUUGCCGAGCCAAAUUCUACCACCUGAUGAUUCAUUUAACUUAAAAGCUGAUGAUUUUUUUUCAUCUCUAGAACUACAAAGUAGUACCAAAAAACUAACACCUUCAAGUACCGGCAAAAAUUUUAGUGGUAUUUUAACCCGAAGUAAAACAACAGCCGUAAUUCAAGCAUCAACUUCACAAAAAGAAACUCAAGAAAUUCCUCAAUCUAAAUCUGGAAAAAAUGUUUGGAUUGGAGGACAUCAACUCAAACUUGGUUAUGGGGACAACCAAUCAAAAUUAAUCAAAGCUGUUGAUAAUCUAGAAAGACGUAAAGAAGAUCCUUUGAAAAUAAGUGUUUACGAAGAUAGUGAUGUUGAAUCUGAAGAUUAUGACUAUGAUGUUGAAGAAUCUUCAGACGAAGAUAAUCAUGAUGCUCCUCCUAGAAACCACACAGGAGGUAAAUGGAAACCAUCAUCACCAAUUCAAUGGCAGAGACCUCAAGAUUGGAGUGUCCCACCUCCUAGUUACACAGGGGGCAAGUGGAAGCCUCUACUAAAACGAAAUUCGCCACCUCCUUCACACACUAAAGGCAAAUGGAAACCUUCAUACCCUCUCUCACCAAAAGAAACUUAUGAUUUUCCUCCCCCAAGUUUUACAGGGAGUAAAUGGAGUCAGUCUAAAGCCAGACAAGAUUUUAAUACUCCUCCUUCAACUCAUACAAAGGGGAAAUGGAAACCUGACGACGAACCGAAAAUGGACACUCUUAAGACUAAAAUAAAAACCAAAAAAGAGACUGAAAUUCUUCCACCCACUUACACUAGUGGAAAAUGGAAACCGUCAACAAUUACAGGACCUUCUCCCAGCUACACCAAAGGCAAAUGGAUACCACUUGACGAAACUAAAAAAAGUUUGACUAAAAUAACCGAUGAUUCGCCUUUUCGCAAGUCAAGUGGCACCGUGCAGUAUUGGUGCCGGCCUUGCAAUCGCAGAUUGGCGUCGAAAAUUGUAUACGAAAGGCACUUAAAAUCGGAACUACAUUUCAAAAGAACUCUUCACGAUAAAGAUUUUGAUGACAAUUUAGGACUGAUUGAGAAACGCGUUAAGAAGAAAAUUAGCCAUGAGUCAAAUGCUGAGACUAUUUGUCUCAAAAAACGCAAGCGCAAGAAAAUUUUUAUCAAAUGUGAAGUUUGCAACUCCAAGGUUAACAAACUCCUAAUGGGGAAACACUUGAUUUCGCAUUACCAUUGCCGAAGAGGGGAUAUUAAAACCCCAGUAGCUCAAGCAAUGAUUCUUGAUAACAUUUCCGAGAUUAUCCUCCAAAGUCCCUAUCAGUGUGGCAUUUGCAAAUUUUAUUUCAAUCACCAUAAAGAUUUCUUGGAGCAUUGGCUUUCAGACUAUCAUUGGGUUAGGGCUAAUUCUGGUAGUGGCUAUUUUUGGUGUUCUUUUUGUAAAUUUAAAGAUGCAAAUAGUGCAACCAUGUAUGCUCAUCUCAUUUCAGAAGAACACGAAGUUGUGGUGUCAGUCAUAAAUAGGUCUGUUCCCAUAAUUGUGAAGAAGAUAAAUCCGGUGAAAUGUGAAGAAUGCAAUGAAGAAUUUUUACUAAACAUUGCCUUGAUGAAACACUGCCAAAUUGAGGGGCAUACUUCGCAAAGAUUGACCUGCGUUAUAAACAAUUUUAUUUGCGUAAAGUGUCAACAAGUGUUUAGGUCGAAUAUUUUGUUGAAAAGGCACAAACGAAUUGUACACGGCGACAAUAUUUUUGUUUGUACUGUUUGCAAUAAAAAUUUUACAAAAAAAGAAGAUGCAAAAGUGCAUAGGAAUACGAGUGAACAUAGAUAUAAAGUUUUAAGUAGAAAAAAAGGGCAGCAACGGAAAUGUGACUACUGUAACGAAAUUUUUGCGAGUUUAAGCGAUUAUAAACAACAUCUCAAUGACAAACAUAAAGAGUUUAGCCCCCGAUGUAGCCUCUGUGGUGCCACUUUUACUUUGCCUCAGGAACUUACAGUUCAUUUACGAACCAAAUCAUGCUCUUAUAAAGAAAAUUUUGACAGUGCAAAUUCUUGUGAUAAAUGCACUUAUUCUUCAAGUUCUACAUCGGAGCUUCUUUUUCAUAAGGUUCUUCAUAGUGAACCAGCAAUGGUAAUGCCAUCAAACCCAAAAAAGAAGCCUAUGGCUCAGUAUAAGUGUCCACUUUGUGACAAAUUGUUCGUAAAAGCUUCUCUACAACCACACUUAAGACUACAUACGAAAGAAAGACCUUUUAUAUGCUCAAUAUGUUCCAAAGGUUUUGUUAGGAAGAAUAAUUGGAUGUUGCAUGUGAGAAAUCAUGAGAGGAAGGGCAAAAAGAAGUUGCAGGAGGAGAAGAAACGGGAAAUGUCUGGCGAUCGGCCUUUUCUGUGCUCGACCUGUGGAGCCAGCUUCAAAAAAAAAUCGAUUCUCCAACAACAUAUGACCACUCAUUCGGGUAAAUUAUGCAAAUGUCCGAAAUUAGGCUGUAUUUUCGCCGCCCGCAGCAUGGGAGAGUUAAAGCAGCAUUUCCGGACGCAUUCCGACGUGAAAAGCUUCUCUUGCAACAUUUGCGACUACCGGGGAAAAACCAAACAGCAGUUAAAACAUCACUUAACUGUCCAUAGUGGGACGAAAAAGUAUGCUUGCACGAAAUGCUCGUUUUCAGCGAGGACGAUGUCUCAUUUGAAAAGACACAUUCGCCUACACACAGGGUCUAAGCCUUAUAGUUGCCCUCACUGUACAUACAAAUGCAACACUUUGGAAAAUUUGAGAAAACAUGUCUUGUUGACGAGUAAACAUCGAGGGAAGUAUAUUUAUGAAUGCAAACUUUGUGCAGAAUCUCCCUUUCAAAGUAAUUUUGCCAAAGACUUUAAAGUUCAUCUUGUUACUCAACAUCCGGAGAUGUUUAAAAGUGGAAGAGAAGCUGCUACUUUUGUUGCAGGAAUUUAUGACGAGCAGAGCGACUGUGCCGAAUUUAAUCCUGCGAGUUCCGGAGAGGAUGAAUCGAAGGCUGCAAGUGAAAAAGACCGGACUCCUCCGCCAAAGGUGAUAAUCGUUCAGCACUUGAAGAGUGAAGUGGACAAAGAUCCUGUGGUGGCUUCAAGCAGUAAAGACACAGGUGAAGAAGGCAAUCCUGACGAGAUGUUGCCGAUGUUUAUUGUGUCUCGCGAUGAGACAGUUUCAGUAGAUAAUCUCACGGAGACUUGGAAUGUGGUCGGUAGCUACGACGUUGAGGAGUCCGGUGCGUUAGUUCCUUUCAAUAGCGAUAACGUUCUUUUCCAGGGACAUUUCUAACAAUUUUAAUAAGUAAGCUAGGUGUGUAAUUUAAAUAAAG